AUCAUCUAACUAUAUCCAAUCCAACAUAACAAAUUGUCACAAAUCAAGUAAUAUUGUAUACUUUAAUAUUUAAUAUAACUUUGUACAAUCCCACACCUAAAAUUCGCGAGUUUGCAUCAAUAAUGAAUUAUCUUAUCCACAAAUGUCGAGCAGUGAGCCAACAAGUUGAUCUUGUUAUCUGCCUGCUGCAACUUUGGGUAGCAGACCUAACAUUCAAAAAACGGAAUGAAAAACAGAGUUAAAAUCCCACCUUCUAUUACAGAAAUGCAUUAACUAAAUAAUGUUUAUCCGGUACAAACACUGGUGGAUCCGAACAUACUGUAUCGAAUAUCGAAAAUAAAAAAUAAAAAAAAUACAAGUGCUAAUACUAACUCCGAACCCAACAUAGGGCUAGACCAAUGACCUCUCAAAUGACAAAAUCUUUCACUGAAUACAUCACUACAAACACCAAUUUAAUCCGAUAUAAUUCGAUACAGACUAAACUAUUGCACAUCCCUACUGUCAUGAACCAGUUGGUCACAAUAACUCGAGUUGUUGGGAGAAGGUUAUGGUGGAUCUUAUAGCACUCUCUAACACGCCCCCUCAAACGAAAGUCAACUCAUGGGCUUGAAGUUUGCACAGGCCCGCCAUACGUUGUGCUUUUAAUUAAGUGUUAUAGUCAGGGCCGGCCAAGAGGGUGUGAUGGCCCGCCCUCCGGCACAGGGCCUCAGAAUAUUAGGGGCCUCUACUUAGAUUCGUCAGUUACCGAUCGUAUAUUGUAGGUUGUAUUUUUAGUGUAUGAUUGAUUGAUUAUUAGUAUGAUGAUGUGUUUAAUAGAUAAUUUUAGCUAUAAUAACAAUUGAAAAGGAUCUCAUGGAGAAUACGAAAAUCUGCAAAAUAAUAGAUAAUUUUAAUUUAAACAAUAUAGAAAGAUAUUACAUUUUGAAUAAUGUUAUUAUAAUCAUUUUAGUUUUAUUAUCGUUAAAGGUUGAUUUGGACCACGUCUAGAUUUUGAAAUAGGGCCUCCACGAUCUAGUAGACAACCCUGCACCCACCUCUCGAUCAAUUUAGACUAUUUUCAUUUCUCCAUUCAAUUUUUGCGCUAUAUUCAUUUUCUCUUCCUUCCAUAUUUACUUUCCUCCCUACUAGGGCCGGGAAUUCGGACUUGGUUUCUUUGUCAAACUGGAAACGAGAUCGUUUAUUCCUGAUGUAAUCUUUUUCUGAACUUAAGUAUUUUUUUUACAAUUAUUUACUAAUUUUUAAUUUUGAUAAAUUUAUGGGUAAAAAAUUAGGGUCACAUUUUAAAUUUUCGAACAGGGCCUCCAAAUAUAAUGGGACGGCCCUGGUUAUAGUGGAGGUCGUGAAGAUUCAAACACACGACCACAUAACAAAACCAGCUCUGAUACCAUGUCAUAAACCAGUUGGUUCCAAUAACUCGAGUUAUUGGGAUCGGAAUUAUGACCCAUACCACCUUCUAUAAAUGGCCAUAUCCACCUAUCCCCUCCUCUCUCAACCUUCCUUCUUCCCUUCCCAAACCCCUGUACCAAUCAAAAACCUCCAUCCCUCACAAACAAAAGAAAUGAAAGCAAGAAGCUACCUCACCCUCAUCUUCAUCCUCACCAUCCUCCUCCUCUCCUCACCAUCUUCCCACGCCAAGAAGAAAAACAACAAACACAAGCCAUGCAAACAACUCGUCCUCUUCUUCCACGACAUCAUCUACAACGGCCACAACAAGGCCAACGCCACGUCAACCAUCGUCGCCUCCCCGGAGGGUUCCAACCGGACCAUCCUCGCCGGCGAGUUCCACUUCGGGAACGUCGCCGUCUUCGACGACCCGAUCACAGUCGACAACGACCUCCACUCGCCGCCGGUGGGCAGGGCGCAAGGGAUGUACUUUUACGACACCAAAAACACGUACACGGCCUGGCUAGGGUUUAGCUUCAGCCUCAACAGUACGGAGUACCAGGGUAGCAUUAAUUUUGUGGGAGCCGAUCCGCUUAUGAACAGGACGAGGGAUAUUUCGAUCGUCGGCGGGACGGGGGAUUUCUUCAUGCACAGAGGCGUCGCCACCGUCAUGACGGAUGCGUAUGAAGGGGAGGUGUACUUUAGGUUGAGAGUGGACAUGAAGUUCUACGAGUGCUGGUGAUUGGUGAAUGAGGAUGAAUUCCGUCGAAUGUUUCUGUAUUCUUCUUGAGGUGUAUGUGUGACACAUUUGAUAAGAUUCAAGAAUAAAACGAAUAAUAAGGGUUUGGUGAGGUGGUAAUCGUCAUAAACCAGCUGGCCGCAAUAACUCGAGUUGUUGGGAGAAGAUUAUGUUAGAUCUUAUACAUGCUCAUGUAUGGUAAUUAACCACUUUUUUACACGCCACCUCAAACGAAAGCCGACUCAUGGGCUUGAAAUUUGCACAGGCCAGUCAUACUUCGAGUUGUUGGGAGAAGAUUAUGUUGGAUCUUAUACAUGCACAUGUAUGGUAGUUAAUCACUUCCUUACACGCCACCUCAAACGAAAGCAGACUCAUGGGCUUGAAAUUUGCACAAGUCCAUCAUACCAUGUGCUUGAAGACAACGAUUAAUUAAUUAUAUUGAGGGUCGUGAGGACUUGAACACGUGACCUCGCGGACAAAUCAACUCUGAUACCAGAGUCAUAAACCAGUUGAUCCCAAUAACUCGUCAUAAACCAGUUGAUCCCAAUAACUCGAGCUGUUGAGAGAAGGUUAUGCUGGAUCUUAUACGUGCCCAUACAUUGUACUUAACCACUUACUUACAGUAAUAUCAUUAGAUUUGAAUUCGAAAUGUCUCAACUUCCAAUUCUGUAAAUAGUUGUUGAACAACAAAAAUUGAACGUAUAUCGUCUUUAUAAAAUCAAUCAAUAUCCAAUUAUAUUUGUUUUGUUUUUUGAUUAAAUGUAUUUUUCUGCUUUUGUGAAUUGGAGUGAUGUAGAGCUUAAUCAUUGAAUGUGACGGCAAAACAAAUGUUUGUGAAACCGAAUAUCGGAGGUUACAUUAGAUAAUUGAGUAGUGGUAGAAUAUUUUGUAUUAAAUCGUAAUUUGAUAAUGGAUCAAUUAUUUUGUAUCGUUAAAACUUAAAACCGCCGACCGAUUGAUAAUGGAUCAAUUAUUUUGUGGGCUAGCAUGUUUGCAUCGUUUGGGGUUUUAUAAUUUUUUUUUCGAAUGGAUCGAAAGCCCGCUUAGAAAUAUUUUCUCUGUUCUAUUUACGAUUCUCAGCCCAAUUCCUAGGAUAAAUUACGGGAUUAACCUCAGAUUUUUACUUCUUUUUUUUCUGAUACGAGGAGAAAUCGGUCUUGCAAAAAAUGCUAAUUUUUUUGUGUUUUUCUUUGAAAUUCGACCAUGAAUUGGUAAAGUCUCAUUUGGAUUGCGAAAUAUGUAGUCUUAUAGAAUGUCGUUGAUGUGUUCUUCAAAUGUGAAAAUUUUUACAAACCAUUAUUAAAUUCACGUCAAAUUGUACUAAAUAAUGGAAAAGUACGUAACUACACUUAACAUUAGGAAGGAAUAUUGUUAGCUAAAUACUAAAAACUACUUACCACUGUACCUUGACAAUGGGCCGUGGUUGGAGAUACAAGGCGCGUGUCAUCUCAAGUUCAUUUUCCUCGACUCUUGUCUAUAUCAUGAUACAUAAGUUUUCGUGUCAUUUCGUACUCAUACCAUAUCCUAACCAUAACGUGUCGUGUUAGUCCGUAAACUACUCAGUCGGGUGCUACACAGUACCCUAACAAUAACGUGUCGUGCUAGUCCGUAGCCAACUCGGCCGGGUGCCGGUAAACUCACCAGUCGCCACCUACCAUAACAUAUCUCAGAGUUUGGUGGUGUUUUUUUUCUCCCUUGCAUCACCUACCUCAUUCUCAUCUUUUAACAUGUGCAAUUACAGCUUCUCACCUACCAGCCAUACAUGAGUUUACGUCCCCACGUACAGAAAAAGGACGACACAGAAAAGGGACAAAAAGCCAAGAAUGCAAAUAUCAUCAUCAGCUCAUGUUCAUAAAUAUUUGCAUUUUGCAGUCACAAAGAACAGAAACAAACAGAUGUAAAGGGGAAACAAUAAGCCACAGACUCUGCAUGGCAUGGAAAAAGCCGAAACUAUUGUAAGAAAACAGGUCCUAUUUG